UCUUGUGAACUCCUUCCAGGCACCAGCCAAGGGAGCCCCUCACCUGCCUCCUCCACCUCACUGGCAGGGCUGAGCAGUUGCUUUCCUGCUUCCUCAGCAGGGCCUCAAGGGGGCACCCAGGACAUCAGUGUGAAUCCGGUCACCAAGCUGAUGGUCCCGGGCCCCAACUGUGUGAUGCUUCCAGCCAGUGGCCAUGCAGGGUCCAUACCCCCUGGCUACUUCAUCCACCCUGACACUGGGAAGGUGCUGCCUGAGGCUGGCAAUCUGGGGUACGAUCUGCAGGGAGCUAACCUGGUGCCCACCACUGACUUCAGUUCUGGCAGCAUCCGAACAUCAGAAGCGGCCAUCCUCCCCUACGUGCCCUACCCAACCUGUCCUGCCACAGGCUGCCCUCCUGCCACCUGCUUGCCCAUCCUGCAGCCGAGAAGGACAUCACAGCUGGGGGCUCUCAUGACAGACCCCGCAACCGGCAUUGAGGUGCCUGUGCUGGCUGUGACUCUACAUCCUCAAACAAGGCAGUGGCUCACUCUUGGGGGCACAUACUGCAAUCCUCUCACCAAGACUGUGGCCCCUCUAGAGUUGGGGGGCCCCAUGGAGGAUCCAGUCACAGGAAGCAUCUCACCGAUCCUGGGAGUCGGGUUGGAUGAAAACACAGGUGUCUGGCAGCCCUCCGUGCCUGACCUGGCUUCCCAAUUCCCCCAGCCCCCAGCAACCCCCAGGUUCUGGACCUGGCAGCAAACUACCCCAGACCCAUCUUUCCAUCCUGUAUCCUCACUCUGCUCUCACCCCACCUUUGUUCUCAGUCUUAGCUUCCCUGUCCCCUUCCCCAUCUCCAGCGCAGUGUCUCAGGGAGAAAAAAAGAGACCCGAGCUGGUUAUGCAGUAAAAGCAAAGGAUGUUUCCAACUAAGAAGGGGCAUUCCUCCUCCUGCCACCCUGGGCCCUG